AUGAAUGGCAAAGUUGAACUAAAGGCAAAAUUCUUCACACCCGUUCAAAUCAAUGAGUUCAAGGAGUGCUUUUCUUUGUAUGACAAGAAGCAAAAGGGCAAAAUUGAUGCCAAAGACCUGAUCACAGUUAUGCGCUGCCUGGGGACGAGCCCCACAUUUGGUGAAAUCGAAAGACAUCUACAAGUUCACAAAAUUGAAAAGACAGGUGAGCUGGACUUCUCUGCGUUUCUGACAAUGAUGCACAGACAGAUGCAACAGGAAGACCCAAAGACAGAAAUCCUGGAGGCCUUGAGGAUGACAGACAAGCAGAAGAAAGGAUACAUCCAGGCAUCUGAGCUCCGCACCAAGCUCACCAUGUUAGGAGAGAAACUCACAGACAAAGAAGUGGAUGAGCUCUUCAAAGAGGCAAACGUCAAGUCAAAUGGGACGGUCAACUACGAAGAGUUCACCCAGAUGGUGACGCUGCCGCCUGUUGAUUACUGAAUUGUUUUUUAAUGGAAAGAAAUUCAAAACAGCGUGAUGGGGACUGGCUUUAUAUACACUGAACUUAUGAAUAUGACUGACCACAAUGUGAAGCACUGCUGUUAUAUUUAAU